CUCCUAUUCCAAGACCUAAUUUACCGUUCUCCGAAAUCGUGGGAUUUAGAUCACCGCCGAUCGUUCAGGCAACGGCGGCGACCGACGGCGGCUAGGCGAAACCCCUCUCCCCAUUUGAUCAAGUUCUAGCUCAACACUGCUCAAGAGAUCGAUCCUUUUGAUUUCCCAUCGAGGAUAGAAACCCACUGCGUUUCUUCUCUGCAGGCGGCAACUGCUACUGUGCGUGCAACCGGAGCUCGUUCUCUGCAGGCGGCAACUGCUCUUUUUUACUUUUCGGACUGAAGAAGUUCUCCCAGGUCGGGCGGAUUAUGGGAAAACAGUCACGAGAAGGAGGAAGAUUUUUGUGCUUUCUGGGAGGAAUUAGUGGUUUAAGCAAGUGGAAUUAAUGCAUCUUAAUGAGUUGUUGUGAGAAUUAGGAAUUGGGUUGAUGUUAGUUUGAUUAUCGCCUGAAACCACAGCACCAGCCUAAGCUUGAGUAACGUUCAGAUCAGCAAUGGAGAAAGCAACUGGUCUUUUCAGACGUUCAUUGAGUCUUAUCAGAAGCUUCAGUACUUCUGCUCCUACUUCAAAUGCAGCCACAGCAGUUGUAUCAGAUAAAUUGAAGCUUAGGAAGAAGAAGAACUUCUUUGAAGUUUGUCAGUUUCUUCCCAACUGGGGUAUUGGAUAUCAAAUGGCCAAGAGUCACUGGGUUGGCGUAUCUUACCAGAUUACAAAGAUCAACCUCUACAAGGAUGGACGACAUGGCAAGGCAUGGGGAAUUGUCCACAAAAACGGCGUUACAGCUGCAGAUGCUCCCAAAAAAAUAAGUGGGGUUCAUAAACGCUGUUGGAAGUACAUUCCAGAUUCAAAGAAAGCAAUAGAGAGUCUACCAAAACCGGAAGCUUAGCUAACUUGACUUCCCAUUUUGAUUUUUCAAGGCAAAUUUUCUGUACUACUUCUUUGGUACAAGAUCAAAAUUUAUGAAGUACAAGUGGGGUCUAUGCCAUUGUUGCAGAGACUUAUAAGAGCCUUGUUUUUAUAUCUUCUCUCUUUGUAUUUUGUUACUAUCGAUGCUGCUACAUCAGUGCUGAACCUUAGUACACAAAAACGGAAACUGAACUUUUUGGGUGUUC